AUGACUCGACAUUUUAUAUUCCUACUUUUGGUAACAAUACUCUAUGCAUUGACAGCAGAGGGAAUAAAAUUCGAUUUGGUCGCUCAACCGGCUUCAAGUGUGACUCCAAAGUGUAUUACGCAAUAUAUAAGCGCCAAUACAUUUGUCAUAGCCGAAAUAAAAGUUGGUAUUGGAUAUAACCAGAAAAUAAAUGUUGAGAUUAGCGAUAACAGCGAUUCACAUAACGAAUACGGGAAAAAACGCGAUCUUCAUGACAAUGUUCGCAUGGCAUUCACUACUCACGCUGAGGCAGAUGUAGCUAUCUGCUUCGAGAACAUCUUAUCUGAAGGAUUCAGCCCAGACCCCAAAUUCUUUCGCUCAAUCGAUCUCGAUGUAGACGUUGGUGCCGAAACAAUCGAUCAAGAACAGCUAGCCAAAGAAGAGAAAUUAGCUCCGCUCGAAGCUGAACUAAAGAAACUCGAACAAGUAGUUGCAGAGAUUGUUGACGAGAUGGACUAUCUGAGAAAACGAGAAGCGAGAAUGAGAGAUACAAACGAAUCGACAAAUGAAAGAGUCAAAUGGUUCAGUCUAGGAACGGUGCUCGUUCUGUUGUCGUUGGGUGGAUGGCAGAUUAUGUAUCUGAAGAAAUUCUUCAAACAGAAGAGACUCAUUGACUAA